UCAGAGCUGGGACUCUGUCCCUGCGUGGACGGACAGCUGAAGUUGCCAAUCAGUCUGUGAGGUGCUGCGCCCCAAGGGGCCGACUCGCCAAUCCCGCGCUAAUGGGGCAAUGACAGAAAUAGCUCAGUGUGUGUGUGCGUGCUAUGUCUUCGUCCAGGGUAGGCUCUAUUAAUAGAGAAGGCUGGCUGCUUCUUUAGGGGCCUACUUGUUGCAUAGUCUCGGAAAAACAAAGAUUCAGAAUGGUUAUCAAAGUCUUCCUCGCCUCUUCAUCAGGAUCCACCGCGAUCAAAAAGAAGCAGCAAGAUGUGGUGGGCUUUCUGGAAGCUCUGAAAGUGGACUACACCCAGCUGGACAUCGCCUGCAACGAAGAGAACCGCAUGUGGAUGAGGCAGAACGUACCUGAGGAUAAGAAGCCCACCAACGGCAUCCCCCUCCCCCCUCAGAUCUUCAAUGAAGAGAGCUACUGUGGGGACUACGACACUUUUUUUGAUGCCAAGGAGGACAACUCGGUGUAUGCCUUCCUAGGACUGCCCCCUCCUCCUGGAUCAAAGGAAGCAGAAAAGGCGGACAAAGCAGAGAUUGUGGAGAACGGGACCCACGCUGAGGAAGCUAAUGUAGAGGGCAACGUUGAAGACUUAAUAGAGGUUCCUGUGGAGGAGCGUAAUGGACACGCACACAUAGAGGAGGAGGAGGAGCUGCAGCAGGCAGCUGAGGAGGAGGAGGCUCAGGAGGGCGAGGAGGAGGAAGCCGCAGGUCAAGAAGAGCAGGAGGAAGAAGCAGUGGAAGAAACUGAUGAGGCUCGGGCAGAAGAGGAAGAAGGACAGGAGGAAGAUGAAUUGCAGUCAGAGGAGGAAGAAGAGCUGCGACAGCUUGAGGAUGAAGAAGAAGAGCUGGAGGAAACACAGGAGGAAGAGGCCGAAUAGUUCCAGACAGGCUUCAUCAGAAAUGUUGACCUCUGUUCAGCCUGAAGGAUCGUCCUGAAGCUUGACCUCCCUUUGUCUGGUCAGACAACCCCCCCCCCCCCGGACUUCACUGGAAACUGCUGGUUGUGUGCCCUCAUCGCUGUUCCUAUCCCACUUGACUGCAAUGUUGACUUAACUUUUAUAUUUUGCCUGUAGAGACAUGCUGUAAUAAAAAUGUGCAGCUAUUUUCUUAAACUCA